CGGAAGAUUCUCUUUCUGUCUUACCCAGCUCCCUUUGCGAUUCUUUCGAACAACCCCAAUUCGGAAUAAAACGAUUCAUUUGCAAAAAGUCGUUUGUGUGUCUUCUUCGCUCCCUUGUCUGUGACUUGCACAAGUCGGAUUCAUCGCAAAAAUGGUUGAGGAACUGAGUAAAGAGCAAGUUGAAAUGUUGAAGAAAGCCUUCGACAUGUUCGACAAAGACAAGAAAGGUUCGAUUGAGACGACUGUCGUUUCAACCAUCCUCAGAACUCUUGGACAGUCCUUCGUAGAAAGUGAACUAAAAGAACUCAUAACAGAAAUAGACGUCGACGGUAGCGGUGAGUUGGAGUUCGAUGAGUUCUUGGCCCUGACAUCGAGGUUUCUGGUGGAGGAAGAUUCUGAGGCGAUGCAGGAAGAAUUGAGGGAGGCAUUCCGUAUGUACGACAAGGAGGGGAACGGUUACAUCAAUGUUAUUGACUUGAGGGAAAUAUUGAGGGCACUCGACGACAAACUCACAGAAGACGAGUUGGAUGAGAUGAUUGCAGAAAUUGACACUGAUGGAUCAGGAACCGUCGACUUUGAGGAGUUUAUGGAAAUGAUGACUGGUGAUUAAAUUCAACUUCGAGAGACACUCAGCGAAAGAUUUUUCUCAGUGAAGUCAACCAUCUUGUUAAUAACUGCGACCGAUUGCUGUAAACACAACACUUAACAUAAAUUUGAAAAAUUCCUCUUCUCGGUAUGAGUUUUUUUGUCCCGUAGAAAAAUUAUUUUUCUCUUAUUUCUUUAUUAAAAAAUAAAUAAACAAUAAGAAAAGUCAUUUUGGUGGAAUCAUGGAUUAUAAAAUGACUGAAAACACUGUUCGAUCAUUGAAUAAAACUUAUUAUUUUUC